AUGAAGCCUUGUGAGGACUUAAGCCAACAUCUACAGCCAAGAUGAGAGAGUGGGCUUACAGGAAUCAAAUGAAAAUGGCUUUCUACGUGUCCAAGUCAUGCUCUAUGGAGUCAAGCAACGUACACCCCUGAGAAAUAUCAGCAGUUUAUGGGAAAUACCGGAUUUUGCCUCUGAGGAUUUUACUUGCCUUUUUGGGAAAGCCUCUCUCCACCACCCUUGAGUUGUGCGCUGUAGAGGAGACAUGGCCAGCAACUCGUUCCGUGGGUCAAAGCGUGGUCGACAUGCACAGGCCAAUCAUGAUGUUGGAGAUUUCAACUGCUCGCUCAAGGAGCUGCGGUCCCUCAUGGAACUCAGGGGACCUGAGGGAAUAGCUAGAAUCCAGGAAUGUUACGGAGAUGUCGAAGGACUCUGUACCAGACUAAGAACAUCACCUAUUUAUGGUAAAUAUGCUGCUGAGCAUCUUGCUUUGUGUUUUUUGUUUUGUUUUGUAUGUCUGGUGCCUGACACACUAAUUCUGCUAUUACUCAUCGGGGCUAGGCUUAACUACAAUCAGCCUUUUGGGGGCCAUAAGCCUUUUGGGGGCCCUAAGCGAGAUUUGGUUGGGUCCCCCUUUCCUGCAAUUCUACACAUUUUGCCUUGACUUAUGCCAUGUUCAUACGAUAUCUGGACGACUAACAAAAUCAAUGUGGGCCCCCUGGAGAUCGGGGGCCCCCUGGAGGUCAGGGCCCCUGGGCAUGUGCCCUUCGUUCAGCCAUGAAGGUUUUGAUAGAUGGCUGGACUAACUUACCUAGCAAUCUUAUAAAAUGUUAGCUGACAUGCGCUAAUUGAGUGACUGUCAGUAAAUGACACAAGAGAAAAACUGCUGAUACACUACCAAAUUUCGAAAUUGCACGUUGUGUAUUCUACUAUGCUAUCUCUCAACAGUAAGUCGAGACCCCGACUGAGUUCCUGGAAUAUAUAUAUAUAUUUUUUUUAUAGAACAAUUCUAUAUAGCAUCUACAACUGCAAUGCAGAAUGAUUCUAGAUACUGAUUGAUUCUAUUGGAGUUGUCAUGAGUUGCUCCUCCUACACCAAUCUCAAGACAUGCAUGCUUUUUAGUACAAAGGCUUGAGUUUAUUGAGGGGAACUGGUGUGGGCUACGGUUUGGGCUUUAAGUGGAAGGCACUGCAGGGCCCGGCUGUCACUUUUCUACACAUGGGGAUAACUCACAACUUUCACACAGCACCGAUGACAGCUGUGAGUUUUUCUGAGGAAGUCUCUAAGAGCUUUCUCCACCUGGAUUGUGCUCAUUUGCCCAUUUUUUCUUUUCAAAAUUCUUCAAGCUCUUUCAAUUUUUUUACAUUAUUUUUAGCAGACACUCUUAUCCAGAGCGACUUACAGUUAGUGAGUGCAUACAUUUUUUCAUACUGGCCCCUCGUGGGAAACGAACCCACAACCCUGACGUUGCAAGCGCCAUGCUCUACCAACUGAGCUACACAGGGCCAAAUUGGUUGUUGAUCAUUGUUAGACAAAUAUCUACAGGUCUUGCCAUAGAUUUUCUAGUAAUUUUAAGUCAAAACUGUAACUUGGCCACUCAGGAACAUUCACUGUCUUCUUGGUAAGAAACUCCAGUGUAGAUUUGGCCUUGCGUUUUAGGUUAAUGUCCUGCUGAAAGGUUAAUUAAUCUCCCAGUGUCUUGUGGAAAGCAGACUGAACCAGGUUCUGCUCUAGAAUGUUGCCUGUGCUUAGCUGCAUUCCAUUUCGUUUUUAUCCUGAAAAACUUUCCAGCCCUUAACGAUUACAAGCAUACCCAUAACAUGAUGCAGCCACCACUUGAAAAUAUGGAGAGUGGUAUUCAGUAAUGUGUUGUAUUUGAUUUGCCCCAAACACAACACUUUGUAUUGAGGAAAAAAAGUUAAUUGCUUUGCAAAUUUUUUUGCAGUAUUACUUUAGUGCCUUGUUGCAAAUAGUGUGCAUGUUUUGGAAUAUGUUUUAUUCUUUACAAGCUUCCUUCUUUUCAACCUGUCAAUUAAGUUAGUAUUGUGGCGCAACUACAAUGUUGUUGAUCAAUCAUCAGUUUUCUCCUACCACAGCCAUUAAACUCUGUAAAAAAUUUUAAGUCACCAUUGGCCUCAUUGUGAAAUCCCUGAGCGAUUUCCUUCCUCUGCGGCAACUGAGUUAGGAAGAACACCUGUAUCUUUGUAGUGACUGGGUGUAUUGAUACACCAUCCAAAGUGUAAUUAAUAACGUCACCAUGAUCAAAGGGAUAUUCAAUGUCUGCUUUUUUUGUUUUUACCCACCUACCAAUAGGUGCCCUUCUUUGUGAGGCAUUGAAAACCUCCCUGGUCUUUGAGGUUGAAUCUCUGUUUGAAAUUCACUGCUCGACAGAGGGACCUUACAGAUAAUCGUAUGUGUGAGGUACAGAGAUGAAGUGGUCAUUCUAAAAUUAUUAUUGCACAUAGAGUGAGUCCAUGCAACUUAUUAUGUGACUUAUUUAGCAAAGUUUUACUCCUGAACUUAUUUGGGCUUGCCAUAACAAAGGGGUUGAAUACUUAUUGACUCAAGACAUUUCAGCUUUUCAUUUUUAGUUAAUUGGUAAACAUUUAGAAAAACAUAAUUCCACUUUGACAUUAUGGGGUAUUGUGUGUAGGCCAGUGAUCAAAAAUCUCAAGUUCAUCCAUUUUAAAUUCAGGUUGUAACACAACAAAAUGUGGGAACAGUCGAGGGGUGUGAAUACUUUCUAAAGGCGCUGUACAUACUAUUAAUACAUUCAUUUGUAAACAUUUAUAAGCAUUACAAAUCAUUUUUUAUAAUUCAUAAAUAUGCAUUGAUACACAUUUACUAGCAAUUAUAAUGGUUUAUUCAUGUAUGUUUUUGCCAGUUGUAGGCCGUUGGGAAAGAAGAUUGAUGCAGGAACAGAAACCAGCUUCACUCAGACCAAGCAGUUUUAUAAAUCCAUAUGUGGAUUGAAUGAUGUGGUGUUAGAUAUUGUUUGGCUGACAUGUUGGCAAUUAACCUUUUUCCAUUUUGACACUGCUAUGCAUUGGUGAUGCCCUAUUCUGCUCCAAUUUACACCUGAAUUUGUUGGUCGAGCACACAUAGCGUACACAGGCCAAAUUGUGACAAACCUUUGAGUACUGCUUCUCUAUUGUCCUUCUGCAUAAUUACUUUGGUGACCUUUGGUGAACUCUUAGGGAAUGGGAUUUUGAAUGGGAUUCUCAGAUUACAAAAAAAUGGUCCAAUCCUGCCGCAUACAUGAUUCCCAAUUUAAGAUUGAAUAAGAAAAUGAGUACAGUUACAAAUCCAUGUGACACACACACAUCAAUUUUGCACUAUAAAAUGCAAAUGGCAGGUGCGACUAUAAAGGCACCUGCAUACUAAGUUUGGUUUGCUCCUAGCAGAACUCGGCUAGGCGAAGUGAACGUCUGUGCCUCGCAUUCUCCCUUAAGUCCUUCACUUGAAAAACGUGAAAAAAGCAGCAAUAUUACUAUUUGUCCCUCUUGAGACGCCAUAGCAACAAGUACACCUCCUCAAAAUAGUCAGAAUGAAUCUAAGAUAAGUCAAGAAAUCUGUAAUUCAGUGAUAGGGUGAAGAAUAACCGCAGGUGCUUUCUCCUGAGUUGGAAUCUAACCUUAGAGGUUCAGAAGAAGCAGCAUUGUUUAGAGGGAUUUAGAGGGAAUUAGCAUACUAACCCAACUCAGGUUAGAGAAGGCCUAUGCUGCGCUACAUGGAGUCACAAUAGCAGCCAUUUGACCCCUACUGCGAUGAUAACAAUGGAGUCAUCAGCUCUCCAGGGGGAACGCAAGAUAUGUCUCAUGAUAUUAGUUCAAAGUGCAGCACUCUUACUUGACGAUUACAAUUAAAGUUCAGUCUAAUUUAAUUACAUGUGCUAGUUUCCUGGAGCAUAAACAAACAACCUUCUUUUUUUUUCAAACAUCAUAUUUUUUAUUGUUUUGUGCAGACCUUUUUUGUGCGGAUCACAUGAUCAACUGUAGAACAUCUCUCCUCACUAGUUUAACUUUCCAAGUUUGUUAUUCUUCAUUCCUUGGUUGAUGUUUUGUGCCCACAAACAGCAAUGCUUAUCAUUUUGAACUGCUACAUUUUACAUGACAUGAUUUAAAAACUCCAGAUGUUCGCCACAACAGAAAGCAACGUCUCUGUUUCACACACCACAUUGGUGGCUCUGACCAUUACUUUUUAGGUACAUUAAAUAGAUACAUACUCAGGGCAGAGUUGUAACUUCAAUGUUAAUGUGUAACUCACAUUAGCACAAGGCUUUCUUCUCAUGCCUCUUUUAUUUGUUAUUAUCAUAGAGCCACUAGCCACCUCAAUUAGAUCUAAUGAGAAUAUAAGAGGAAUAAAACGAGUUUGUUGUGUGAUGUCUUUUGCCGGGUUGCCUGUCCAUAUAGCUCAGAGAUUCAUUUGGUUUGCUUUCUGAAUCAGAGGUGCAGAGGAAGAAUCACCUAAUGGAAAUGUAGGUCUUUGUGAUUUAAAACUUUGUCAAUGAUUAAAUGUAAAGAAAAGUACACUGUCACGCUGAGGAAUUCAUCAAUGAAAUCCUUUCAGCGAGAAUACAUGUCCAUCAAAAAGGUUUUGGUGGGGUUUGGUGUGGUUUUUGUGUGAGGUUCUGUCCGCAAAAUGACAAAAUCUUACCAAAGAUAUUGGAAUAUUGCAGCUCGCAAGUGCAUCAUUAAACAUUAUCCCAUACUGACUAUUGGGAUCUGCAUAGUUUCUGCAUAGUAUUGCCGUCAUCUCAUGGACAACGUAAAAAAAGGUUUUGAGAUCCAUUUUACUGGAAACUACAGUAUUUUGAGUGAUCUUUUUGCACAUGCCAGUGCUGUUGAGUAUGUUGUUUUGAGGGCAGAUGAGGGCUUGUGCGUUUGAAUGUCAUUGAUUCCCUGCUGUUGACAUCGAAUGCUUGUUCUGAAGACCCUUGUGGUAACACUGCAUGGGCUGUAUUCAUGGCCAUCUUUGUCAGGUUUAGUCAUGAACACAGCCCAUACAGAGCCACCUUAAAGGUCUAAAGCUUCAGGUUAGAACGGCUCCAAAAACAAACAAAGCUUACCAUUCUUGACAGGUUCUGUUUCUGCUGUUCAGUCUGUGAACAUAUAAAAAAUAUAAACAAAGGUCUGCACUACAUUGCUCUAAAAAUGGAGGUCAGCCAGGGGAGAGUAAUACAUGUAUUUCCUACUGUAUGAAUUCUAAACAAUACAAAUGCCUUACAGCUGUUCAUUAUUCCUUUCCCUUUUUUGUCUCUAGGGUUAGGAGGCCAUGCUGACGACAUUGCCAGAAGGAAAGAGGAGUUUGGACAGAACGUUAUACCUCCAAAAAAGCCAAAAACAUUUAUUCAAUUAGUGUGGGAAGCAUUGCAAGAUGUGACACUAAUCAUCCUAGAAGUGGCAGCCAUCAUUUCAUUAGGCCUUUCUUUUUAUAGACCUCCAGAUGCCGAAAGAGAAAGUAAGUAUCUCCUUUUAUUUGAAAUGGAAUGUAUUCUAAUUGAUUCAUCACCAGAUAAUGAAUAUUCACAAAAUCAAAUACCAAAUUAUCAGAUUGUUGCUACUUUGCACCUGUAAACUUCAUGCAUGCAGUCAUACAGUUUACCACGUGUCUGGUUUGUGCACUUUCUGGUAAUUGUUUAUUGGACAGAUACUUGGGAAUUCAUUGCAGGCCAAAACAAUUAGCCUAGAUCUAAUUUCAGACGUUUUGCUGUGUCUUCCCGGGGAUGGUCACAAUGUUUUGUUUGAACUCAAGUCUCUGACUUUAUUGGCACAAAGAGAUAUAAUUUGGUACAAAGUGUGAGUAUCCUGCCCAUUGACUAAUCAUAAAGGGAUUUACUCUGAUACUCUUGAUACACUUCAAUCAAUCCAUAAUCCCAUUCCACAAAGGACUGUUCAGUGGCAGUAGUGGGUAGCCAGUGUACUUCCUGUGAUCAAGACAAUGGUACUUCCUGUCUUAUAAUCAUUGUAGGUUACUUUUGUAGGCUACCUUCUGUGGGACUCACUGUAGCUGUCCCUUUGGGUAAUCACUAGAUGGCCAUGCUACCAACGACAACAUUGGCAAUGUCGUCAGAAUGAAUGAGCUAUUUGUCCUCAAUUUAGGGUUAGGCCUAGACUUAAAAGCACAAUUCUGGAGGGAUUGCAUUGUACUUCUGUUCUUUGUAGCAUGUCCAGAUAGUGACAACUGUCCCUCCUUUCAGAUUGUGGAAAGGCAGCGGGAGGGGUGGAGGAUGAGGGGGAGGCAGACGCAGGCUGGAUUGAAGGUGCAGCCAUCCUCCUGUCCGUUGUCUGUGUGGUCCUGGUUACAGCAUUCAAUGACUGGAGCAAAGAGAAGCAGUUCCGCGGGCUACAGAGCCGCAUCGAACAGGAGCAGAAGUUUACAGUGGUCCGCGGAGGCCAAGUCAUCCAAAUCCACGUGGCUGAGAUUGUAGUUGGCGACGUUGCACAAGUGAAAUACGGUAUGGUCCUGAAGGAAAAGUGACCUGUGUGUCCGUGCGAGCUUACAAAUGUGUAUGUGCCCUAAAACCAAAGAGCAUCUUCAAUCCUACUUUUGAUAUAACGUUCCUUACCCUUCUUUUUCCACUACUCUGUCUGAAUCUGGGUUAAAUGCGCUAACUCACCCAGCUGAACUGUCUGAUGUUCAUGUAUAGUAUGUACGUUUUUCCAGGUGACCUUCUUCCUGCUGAUGGUGUGUUGAUCCAGGGAAAUGAUUUGAAAAUCGAUGAAAGCUCUCUCACCGGUGAAUCUGAUCAUGUCAAGAAGACGCUGGACAACGAUCCAAUGCUGCUGUCAGGUAAUGAUGAUGAGCCUUCCUCUCUUCAUAUAAUAUGGCUGAUGUCUAGAUGCAGAUCCAAUUUGGAUCAAGCUGGGCAUCGCCCAGAGUCAUCGCUUCGUUUGUUAUUUCCACUAUGAAUUAAGGUGGUGGCAGUGGUGGAAAAAGUACCCAAUUGUCAUACUUGAAUAAAAGUAAAGAUACCUUAAUAGAAAAUGACUCAAGUAAAAGUGAAAGUCACCCAGUAAAAUAUUACUUGAGUAAAAGUUUUUGGUUUUAAAUAUGCUUAAGUAUCAAAAGUAAAUGUAAUUGCUCAAAUAUACUUAAGUAUCAAAGUAAAAGUAUAAGUUAUUUAAAAUUCAUUACAGUGGGGGAAAAAAGUAUUUAGUCAGCCACCAUUUGUGCAAGUUCUCCCACUUAAAAAGAUGAGAGAGGCCUGUAAUUUUCAUCAUAGGUACAUGUCAACUAUGACAGACAAAAUGAGGGAAAAAAAUCCAGAAAAUCACAUUGUAGGAUUUUUUAUGAAUUUAUUUGCAAAUUAUGGUGGAAAAUAAGUAUUUGGUCAAUAACAAAAGUUUCUCAAUACUUUGUUAUAUACCCUUUGUUGGCAAUGACACAGGUCAAACGUUUUCUGUAAGGCUUCACAAGGUUUUCACACACUGUUGCUGGUAUUUUGGCCCAUUCCUCCAUGCAGAUCUCCUCUAGAGCAGUGAUGUUUUGGGGCUGUCGCUGGGCAACACAGACUUUCAACUCCCUGCAAAGAUUUUCUUUGGGGUUGAGAUCUGGAGACUGGCUAGGCCACUCCAGGACCUUGAAAUGCUUCUUACGAAGCCACUCCUUCGUUGCCCGGGUGGUGUGUUUGGGAUCAUUGUCAUGCUGAAAGACCCAGCCACGUUUCAUCUUCAAUGCCCUUGGUGAUGGGAGGUUUUCACUCAAAAUCUCACGAUACAUGGCCCCAUUCAUUCUUUCCAUUACACGGAUCAGUCGUCCUGGUCCCUUUGCAGAAAAACAGCCCCAAAGCAUGAUGUUUCCACCCCCAUGCUUCACAGUAGGUAUGGUGUUCGUUGGAUGCAACUCAGCAUUCUUUGUCCUCCAAACACGACGAGUUGAGUUUUUACCAAAAAGUUCUAUUUUGGUUUCAUCUGACCAUAUUACAUUCUCCCAAUCCUCUUCUGGAUCAUCCAAAUUCACUCUAGCAAACUUCAGACGGGCCUGGACAUGUACUGGCUUAAGCAGGGGGACACGUCUGGCACUGCAGGAUUAGAGUUCCUGGCGGCGUAGUGUGUUACUGAUGGUAGGCUUUGUUACUUUGGUCCCAGCUCUCUGCAGGUCAUUCACUAGGUCCCCCGUGUGGUUCUGGGAUUUUUGCUCACCGUUCUUGUGAUCAUUUUGACCCCACGCGGUGAGAUCUUGCGUGGAGCCCCAGAUCGAGGGAGAUUAUCAGUGGUCUUGUAUGUCUUCCAUUUCCUAAUAAUUGCUCCCACAGUUGAUUUCUUCAAACCAAGCUGCUUACCUAUUGCAGAUUCAAUCUUCCCAGCCUGGUGCAGGUCUACAAUUUUGUUUCUGGUGUCCUUUGACAGCUCUUUGGUCUUGGCCAUAGUGGAGUUUGGAGUGUGACUGUUUGAGGUUGUGGACAGGUGUCUUUUAUACUGAUAACAAGUUCAAACAGGUGCCAUUAAUACAGGUAACGAGUGGAGGACAGAGGAGCCUCUUAAAGAAGAAGUUACAGGUCUGUGAGAGCCAGAAAUCUUGCUUGUUUGUAGGUGACCAAAUACUUAUUUUCCACCAUAAUUUGCAAAUACAUUAAUUAAAAAUCCUACAAUGUGAUUUUCUGGAUUUUUUUUCCUCAAUUUGUCUGUCAUAGUUGACGUGUACCUAUGAUGAAAAUUACAGGCCUCUCUCAUCUUUUUAAGUGGGAGAACUUGCACAAUUGGUGGCUGACUAAAUACCUUUUUUCCCCACUGUAUAUUAAGCAAACCAGACUGUACAAUUUUCUUGUUUUUUAAAUUACAGAUAGCCUGGGGCACUCUCCAAAACUCAGACAUAAUUUACAAACAAAGCAUUCGUGUUUAGUGAGUCCACCAGAUCAGAGGCAAUAUGGAUGACCAUGGAUGUUCUCUUGAUAAGUGCGUGAAUUGGAAAAUGUUCCUGUCCUGCUAAGCAUUCAAAAUGUAAUGAGUACUUUUGGGUGUCAGGGAAAAUGUAUGGAGUAAAGAGUAUAUUGUUUUCUUUAGGAAUGUAGUGAAGUAAAAGUAAAAGUAAAUAGUAAAGUACAGAUACCCCCAAAAACUGCUUAAGUAGUACUUUAAGUAUUUUUACUUAAGUACUUUACACCACUGGGUGGUGGAAUCCUCCCUUUGCUUUUUCAUUGUUGUUUUUCGUUUGUUGUUUAGCCUGGCAUCUUAUUACUGUCAAUCAAUCUUCAUAAGAGCUCUUAGGAAUCAACAGCUACUUGAAACAGCAUGAUCUUGCUAUUCCUGCAUAUUUACUGUUAGGCCAUACACAUGUAAUUAAAUAUUUAACGGAUGCCCCUCUUCAUCGUUCUCAAAAAUAAAUACAAUUGUAUUUUCCAACCCGUGUAGCUCAGUUGGUAGAGCAUGGCGCUUGCAAUGCCAGGGUUGUGGGUUUGAUUCCCACGGGGGGGCCAGUAUGAAAAUGUAUGCACUCACUAACUGUAAGUCGCUCUGGAUAAGAGCGUCUGCUAAAUGACUAAAAUGUAAAAUGUAUUCACUUGCUCACCUCACAAAAAUGAAAUCCGUUAAACAUUUAAAUACAUUUGUUUGGCCUUACUUGUAAAAGAAAGAAACAUAUUUUACUAUCCCAUUUUAGUUGGAGAUAUUCUAUUUCUCAGGUUCCUGUUACCAUGUCUCACUGACUGUCCAUGUUUGUCAUUUGUCAGGUACCCACGUCAUGGAGGGUUCUGGGAAGAUAUUGAUCACAGCAGUAGGUGUCAACUCCCAGACCGGCAUCAUUUUCACCCUGCUCGGAGCUGGCGAAGACGAAGAUGACAAUGAGGAUGAAAAAGCAGAGAAGGAAAGGAAAAAGAGGGAAAAGGAGGAGAAGAAGAAAGAGAAAGAGAGGAAAAGCAAAGAGAAGAAAGAAAAUAAGGCCAAAAAGGACAAACUGGACAAGAAAAGUAUGUGGAACUGGAUUCUACUGUUAAAAUACUCUGUUACACAAAAUGUGUCAAACUAACCUCAUCUCUAUUGUAUUCAUUGUUAAAUAUAGGCCUACUUGCUUUUGGUUGAGACUCACCAUCAUAGGAGUAAACAUAGAAUAUAAUUGUUUUGAAAAACCCUGUCCAACAAUAUGUGUUAUGAGAUAUUCCAUUAUGCUAUCAUAUACAGUUGAAGUCAGAAGUUUACAUACACCUUAGCCAAAUACAUAUCAACUCAGUUUUUCACAAUUCCUGACAUUUAAUCCUAGUAAAAAUUCCCUGUUUUAGGUCAGUUUGGAUCACCACUUUAUUUUAAGAAUGUGAAAUGUCAGAAUAAUAGUAGAGAGAAUUAUUUAUUUAAGCUUUUAUUUCUUUCAUCACAUUCCUAGUGGGUCAGAAGUUUACAUACACUCAAUUAGUAUUUGGUAGCAUUGCCUUUAAAUUGUUUAACUUGGGUCAAACGUUUCGGGUAGCCUUCCACAAGCUUCCCACAAUAAGUUGGGUGAAUUUUGGCCCAUUCUUCCUGACAGAGCUGGUGUAACUGAGUCAGGUUCGUGGGCCUCCUUGCUCGCACACGCUUUUUCAGUUCUGCCCACACAUUUUCUAUAGGAUUGAGGUCAGGACUUUGUAAUGGCCACUCCAAUACCUUGACUUUGUUGUCCUUAAGCCAUUUUGCCACAACUUUGGAAGUAUGCUUGGGGUCAUUGUCCAUUUGGAAGACCCAUUUGCGACCAAGCUUUAACUUCCUGACUGAUGUCUUGAGAUUUUGCUUCAAUAUAUCCACAUAAUUUUCCUUCCUCAUGAUGCCAUCUAUUUUGUGAAGUGCACCAGUCCCUCCUGCAGCAAAGCACCCCCACAGCAUGAUGCUGCCACCCCCAUGCUUCACGGUUGGGAUGGUGUUCUUUGGCUUGCAAGCUUCCCCCCUUUUUCCUCCAAACACAACAAUGGUCAUUAUGGCCAAACAGUUAUAUUUUUGUUUCAUCAGACUAGAGGACAUUUCUCCAAAAAGUACGAUCUUUGUCCCCAUGUGCAGUUGCAAACCGUAGUCUGGCUUUUUUAUGGCGGUUUUGGAGCAGUGGCUUCUUCCUUGCUGAGCGGCCUUUCAGGUUAUGUCGAUAUAGGACUUGUUUUACUGUGGAUAUAGACACUUUUGUACCUGUUUCCUCCAGCAUCUUCACAAGGUCCUUUGCUGUUGUUCUGGGAUUGAUUUGCACUUCCCGCACCAAAGUACGUUCAUCUCUAGGAGACAGAACGCGUCUCCUUCCUGAGUGGUAUGAUGGCUGCGUGGUCCCAUGAUGUUUAUACUUGCGUACUAUUGUUUGUACAGAUGAACGUGGUACCUUCAGGCAUUUGGAAAUUGCUCCCAAGGAUGAACCAGACUUGUGGAUGUCUACAAUUGUUUUUCUGAGGUCUUGGCUGAUUUCUUUUGAUUUUCCCAUGAUGUCAAGCAAAGAGGCACUGAGUUUGAAGGGAGGCCUUGAAAUACAUCCACAGGUACACCUCCAUUUGACUCAAAUGAUGUCAAUUAGCCUAUCAGAAGCUUCUAAAGCCAUGACAUCAUUUUCUGGAAUUUUCCAAGCUAUUUAAAGGCACAGUCAACUUAGUGUAUGUAAACUUCUGACCCACUGGAAUUGUGAUACAGUGAAUUAUAAGUGAAAUAAUCUGUCUGUAAACAAUUGUUGGAAAAAUUACUUGUGUCAUGCACAAAGUAGAUGUCCUAACCGACUUGCCAAAACCAUAGUUUGUUAACAAGAAAUUUGUGGAGUGGUUGAAAAACAAGUUUUAAUGACUCCAACCUAAGUGUAUGUAAACUUCCGACUUCAACUGUAAGGCCUUCAGAUGCUAUUAAGCUACAUUUUGCCAGUGGCAUGACAUAAAGCUAUUUGCCCCCAUGGAAGGUGUCAGACAAGGUUAUUAAAAUAAAAUAGAAUGUUAUUUGUCACAUGCUUUCAUAAACAACAGGUGUAGACUAACAGUGAAAUGCUUCCUUACGGGUCAUUUUCCAACAAUGCAGAGUUAAAGAUAAAGAUACAAAAUACACAGUGAAUAACGAAUAACAAUAACGAGUAAAAAAUAACAUGGUUAUAUACAGGGAGUAGAAAAUAACAUGGCUAUAUAUAGGGAGUAGAAACAAGGAGUACAGGAAGGGACUAAGCACACACCCCUGGGGGGCCCCGUGUUCAUGGUCAGCAUGGCGGAUGUGUUGUUGCCUAUCCCCACCACCUGGGGGCGGCCCAUCAGCAAGUCCAGGAGGUGUUCAGUCCCAGGGUCCUGAGUUUGGUGAUGAGCUUGUAGGGGACUAUGGUGGUGAAUGCUGAGCUGUAGUCAAUGAACAGCAUUCUUACAUUGUUAUUCCUUUUGUCCAGGUGGGCGAGGGCAGUGUGGAGUGCAAUAGAGAUUGCGUCGUCUGUGGAUCUGAUGGGGCGGUAUGCAAUUAGGAGUGGGUACAGGGUGUCUGGGAUGAUGGUGUUGAUGUGAGCCAUGCCAGCCUUUCAAAGCAUUUCAUGGCUAUUGAUGUGAGUGCUAGUCAUUUAGGCAGGUUACCUUGCCGUUCUUAGGCACGGGGACUAUAGUGGUCUGCUUGAAACAAGUUGUUAUUACACACCGAGUCAGGGAUACGUUGAACAUUUCAGUGAAGACACUUGUUAGCUGGUCAGCACAUGUUCUGAGUACGCGUCCUGGUUUUCCGUCGGCGAAUGUUAACCUGUUUAAAGGUUUUACAUCGGCUACGGAGGAGUGUUGCUUGGUUCAGUGUUGCUUGCCUUGAAGCAAGCAUAGAAGGCAUUUAGCUCGUCUGGUAGGUUAGCAUCGGUGGGCAACUCGCGGCUGGGUUUCCCUUUGUAAUCUGGAAUAGUUUGCAAGCCCUGCCACAUUAGCUCUGUAUUAACUGAAGGGGUCAAAGAAUAAUUCAUGAAAGCAGUAAAAUUAAGAUGAUGCUUUUGGGUCAACCAUCUUGAAUUAUAAGAUGUGUCUGCCAAUGGUGUGAGAGAGACAUGCACAUUCAACAUUUUCACUCAGAUGCUGGGCCAAUGAUAAAUACUACAAAUAGAGGAAGUUCCCACAUUACACCACAAUACACAGACAGAGUAUCUGUAGCUGAAUCGUGGUGCAGGUUAAUUACAGCAUGUGAGAACGCUACAGAAGAUGCUGUCUUAGACACAGUUGGUUAACAUCUCAGUUGGUUAACUGGCUGCAGUUGGGUCAGUUGGACUAUGGACGUUACCUCUCCUGCUACAGCAAGAAUAAAAAACUUUACUGCCUGUGAAUUAACCAACCUGGUGUAUAGCUGCUAAGUGUGUUAGGGGAGUGUUUUGUUUACGUUUGUAGUCCGAGUAUCAUUGAUCAGGGGAUUCUCAGAGUGAGUGAGUACUGUAUUAGGGAGUUAAGACAGAAAUGCAUGUCAGAGCAUUCACACCUCUUAGUUUCCAAUGCAAUGUCUAAGGGCUAAUCGUAAUGGGAACAUAUUAAAACUAAAAGUGUGAGAAGCUCUUUGCUGAUGUGUAAAUGGCCAAAUGAUUAACUGCAGUCAUUUAUUUUUCCACAGAUAAAAAAGAUGAGAAAAACAAAAAAGGUACGUUUGUCAAUGAGUACGUUUACAUGCACAGUAAUAAUUUGAUAUUAAACUGAUUAUGGCAGUAGGCAGAUUAUGCAAUAGUCAUGCAAACACUUUACUCUGCUUAUCUUAAAUCGGCCAAAGUUCAAAAUCGCAGUAAGUAUACGCCGAUUAAAACACCUGGUUUUCUGAGUUAUCUUUCGAAUUAUUAUGACAUGUAAACAGCUUAAUUGGCGUUCCAGCUGUGUAUUUGAUCUGAGCAUGUGCUAGCACCAGCCGAGCGAGCCUCUCUCUUUAGUGCCAAGCUCUUUAGUGCUUGUAACGCCAAGGUAGUGGGUUCGAUCCCCGGGACCACCCAUACACAAAAAAAAUUAUGCACGCAUGACUGUAAGUCGCUUUGGAUAAAAGCGUCUGCUAAAUGGCAUAUUAUAUUAUAUAUAUUAUUAUAUUUAUAUAUAUUAUAUUUAUAUUAUAUUAUAGUGCGAGUGAAGUGAGUUUGGAACAACUGAAUGUAUGCGUCUUAGAAGUAGUUUUCACAUACAGACUUUAUAUGUACAAACUCAGAAUCAAAUGCAUUUAUCAGAGUGCGAUCAGGUAACCUGAUUUCAGAUGUGUCCAUGUAAACAGGUUUAUUAGGGAAAUCGUUAUUUUUGCAUGUAAAACGUUGUAAUAUAACUAUUAAUCUGACUAUCCACAAUAAUCACAUUAUUGUGUGCAUGUAACCAUACUCAUUGUGUUUUAUAUCUAUAUUGAGACUGCUAGUUUAGUUUGUGUGCACUCCAUGACCAUCUUGUGUUUAUAUUGGGUACUUACUAGUUUAGUUUGUGUGUGUUUACAGUAUAUAGAAUCUGUAUGGUCGGAGGGGUAUACUGCAAAGCAAACUAGAUCUACUCAGGGUUUUCUAAAGCUAGCCAGCUUCAGUUAGCUUCCCAUUCCAGCUCAGGCUUCAUCCAUACUACGACGGUGUACAUUGUUUGUCUGUCUGACACUAACUCUAGCAGGCUUGUACAGAUGUAGGAUCUUAAUUUGAGUCUGUUUACUACAGCAGGAAAAUAAACCUGCAGCAACAGGAAAUGUAAAUUAUUAUGUGGAUUAUAAUUCAUGGAAAUGUUUCUAUGGGUUGAUCAGUUUUUCAUUUGGGCAAAUCAAGUCUGAAAUUUCAAAGUGAAAAUGAAAAAACUUCAGAUGCCUUUUUAAACCUCUUACACUCCAAGUUUGCAUUUCCUACUGUGCAGGAAAAUUCUCAGCAACAAAAAAUAGUGAUCAAAUUAAGAUCCUACAUCUGUAACUGCGCAUGCAUGUCGCACGUGGCUAGUCGAACAAAGUACUCGUCAUUGAUUCAAUGCUGAAACAUCAAUCCAUGGGCGGGUCAGUGCCAUAUUUUCAUUUGUUCCCGAUAUCAAAAUGAAAGAAAAGUUAUCUUGCAAAUUCAGCAGGCUAUCUCUCAUGUGAAAUAGACGUUUAGAAGUACCAUCUUUAUUUUAUUACUUAUUGUUAAUGCCAUCUUGGGUGAGCUUUGGUGUGCUUAUCAAUUAUUGAACUCCGAGUUGACCAAAGUUACAGCGCCUUCAGAAAGUAUUCAUACCACUUCACUUAUUCCACAAUUUGAAGUGUUACAGCCUGAAUUCAAAAUGUAUUAAAUAUAUUUUUUUGCUCACCCAUCUACACACAAUACCCCAUAAUGACAAAGUGAAAACAUGUUUAGACAUUUUUGCAAAAUGUGGAAAAAGUCAAGGGGUGUGAAUACUUUCUGAAGGUACUGUACCUCACUAACUCCUCAAACUACAUUUGUAGUAUAUGGCUCAGGUUGUUGCCAUAGAAAUGUACCUUGCUUAAAGGUGAGCCACUUUCGUGGUAUCGGUUAUCCCAAGUUGAACUCAGAGUAGACCAAAGUUACCUCGCUAACACUUCAAACUAAAUUCAUAGUAUAGGGCUCCGGUUUGUGCAUGAGGCCAUAUGGUCAUGUGUUCCUGUGGUCCGAGCAGCAGGUGCUCUUGACUCCGUUCAUGGUGAUUAGGACCAAAGAGAUUACAGUUCUUAAGCUCAGCAGCUGCUUUUUCCCCCUGCCUUUCUUCCCUAACAACCUUGUGUACUGUUUUUGGAUCAGCACACUUACAUACACACGUACAGACACACAUGCUCACUCACACAUUUGCCUGGAUAAACAAUGUCCCUUUAAUUCACAUACAAAUAUUUUGAGUAUUUAGGGUUCUAGUGCGUGUGUGUUUGUACUAUUACAGAACGUGGGCAUGUUUUGGGAUGAUGGUGGAUGGAUUGGCUUGUAGAGAAUCUCAGCCAAGAAAGAGCAAUAAUCCCCAGACUAGGAUUAAGGACUGUGAGCUAAACAACAUAGUGUCAUGCGGUGUAUCACAUAGAAUAGCACCCCCUAUCUGUUUCCAUGCGGUAUCAACAACCCGUGCCUUCUAACUAUGAACCCUAACACCAAUGUACAAUUUUUUUCGACUACUUUUCCCAUUUUACUAUUUUUUAAUUGAAUGCAUCUUUCAAUUCUUAUUAAAAUGUCUCUAUUUAAACGUAACGUCUUUGGACCCAUCCUCUCCUCUCCCUCAGGUAAGUCUCAGGAUGGUGCAGGUGUGGAGAUGCAGCCCCUCAACAGUGACGAUGGAGGAGAGGAGAAGAAGAAAGCUCACCCAAAGAAGGAGAAGUCGGUGCUCCAGGGGAAGUUGACCAAAUUAGCAGUGCAGAUCGGCAAAGCAGGUAAGACCAUCACAAGGGAAUUCGGAAUUUUGAAAGUAUGUUUGAUUUCCGCAGCAGCUUGUCACAGUUUGUCAUUAUUGCAAAUAUUUUAUUAUUUCAUUGUGUACACUACUAUCCAUUCCUCUGUCCAGGCCUGUUCAUGUCAGGGUUGACUGUCAUCAUCCUGAUAACUCUAUUUAUGGUGGACACCUUCUGGAUCCAGGGCCUACCAUGGAUCGCGGACUGCACGCCCAUCUACAUUCAGUUCUGCGUCAAGUUCUUCAUCAUUGGUGUUACUGUGCUUGUGGUGGCCGUACCCGAAGGUCUCCCCCUGGCCGUCACCAUCUCACUCGCAUAUUCUGUUAAAGUAGGUAUCACUACUUUGUCACUACUAUGUUACUAUAGUAUAUAUAUAUAUAUUACAGACAGGAGCAAUUAAGAAAGGCAUUGCCAGAUCACAAAUAAUAGCCUCCUAUCUUCCUCAGAAAAUGAUGAAAGACAACAAUCUGGUGAGGCACCUGGAUGCCUGUGAAACCAUGGGCAACGCCACAGCCAUCUGCUCUGACAAAACGGGGACAUUGACCAUGAACAGGAUGACCGUGGUCCAGGCUUAUCUGGGAGACAGGCACUACAGGAAGGUUCCUGAGUCUGACCUCAUCCCAGGCAAAGUCUUGGACCUGCUCAUUAUGGGCAUUGGAGUCAACUGUGCUUACACAUCCAAUAUCAUGGUAGGUGAACAUACUUCACUUGAGACUCCGAGUUGAGGUUUUCAACUCUGCCAAACAGAACACAAAGAGAUCUGUAAUACAGCUCUUUUCAUGGCAAUCAUUCAUUGACAUCUGAGCAAAAACGUUGAGUGCCAGGUCAGGGAUUUCAAGCCAGGGCCAAAUCCUCUUGAAAUCUGAGUACUCAGACUUUCAUUUAAAUCAUGCAUUGAUAUAAUGGGAAAUAUUUGCACAAAGUAUCAGUUAUUUUAGUUGAUUUGAAGUUUGGAACUGACCUUAACGUGUAAAUGGUUUGUCUCAGUCUCCUGAGAAGGAGGGUGGGCUGCCGCGCCAGUUGGGCAACAAGACCGAAUGUGCCUUGCUGGGCUUUAUCUUGGAUCUGAGACGUGACUAUAUGACCAUCCGCAACGAGAUCCCAGAGGAGAAGCUCUUCAAGGUCUACACCUUCAACUCAGUCAGGAAGUCCAUGAGCACAGUGCUGAAGAACGCAGACGGGAGCUACCGCAUGUUCAGCAAAGGAGCCUCCGAGAUCCUCCUGAAGAAGUAGGCUGGCACUUUCAGUUUCUUCCUUUCCUGCAAAUUAACUAAAUGAACUUCCCCAGUAUUAUUUGUCAGAAACCUGAUAUAGAUUCCCUCUUUAUCUCAUCGCAGGUGUUGUAAGAUCAUGACAGCGAGUGGGGAGGCUAAGGUCUUCAAGCCCAGGGAUAAAGACGAUGUGGUGAAGAAUGUGAUCGAGCCCAUGGCCUCCGAGGGCCUGAGAACCAUAUGCCUGGCCUACAGGGACUUCCCCCCGAUCGACGGCGAGCCUAACUGGGAAAACGAAACUGACAUCCUCACCGGCCUCACCUGUUUGUGUGUGGUGGGCAUCGAGGACCCUGUUCGGCCAGAGGUAAAAGGGCAAGCGGGAUAUGCCCAAUCAAAGUCCUUGUUGUAAAGGUCCAAUUAAUUCAAGGAGGUAGAUGUUUGUGGUAGUAUAACCCUCAACAAUGUACUUGUAUAAUCCCCCUGAAGGGGAGAGCAGGUCUUUGUGAGUGUAUCUUGGGGUGUUGGAUUAUAAGCAAAACUACAUUUCCAUAAUCUGAAAAAGAAAAUGGACAAUAAAGUAUUUUUCUUCCACCCUAGGUUCCUGACGCCAUUAAGAGGUGUCAGCGCGCUGGCAUCACGGUGCGCAUGGUCACAGGGGACAACAUCAACACUGCUCGCGCCAUUGCCAGUAAGUGUGGCAUAGUGCACCCCGGAGAUGACUUCCUCUGUAUAGACGGCAAAGAGUUCAACAAACGGAUAAGAAACGAACUGGGAGAGGUAAUAGUCCUCUAUUUCUCUCACAAAAUGAAUCUGUUUCUGUAAAAAAAAAAAGGAUGAUAGAGUAACCCAAGAAACAAUCUACUUCCAGAUUGAGCAAGAACGCAUUGAUAAGAUUUGGCCCAAACUCCGUGUGCUUGCAAGAUCCUCACCCACUGACAAACAUACUUUAGUAAAAGGUAUGUUUGGGGGGUAUUUUUUCAUUUAUCACUACAGAUACAUUUUUAGGUCUUACAUAUUAUUAUUAUUAUCUAAAGAGAUGAUGCUUGCCUCUGUUCACAGGUAUAAUGGAUAGCACUGUACUAGAACCAAGACAAGUUGUUGCUGUAACAGGAGAUGGUACUAAUGACGGCCCUGCCUUGAAGAAAGCUGAUGUUGGAUUUGCCAUGGUAUGGUAUUUCUAUACUUCAAGAUCUGGCACAUGUUAUAUCCCAUCAAUAUUUCAUGAGUAUAUUGUCUUUCUGAUUUGACCAGACUGGUACUUUUGGUGCUGUGACUAAUGUGCUUUGACAUGCUGUGCCCACAGGGCAUUGCGGGCACGGACGUAGCCAAAGAGGCCUCAGACAUCAUCCUGACAGACGACAACUUCAGCAGCAUCGUCAAGGCGGUGAUGUGGGGGCGGAACGUCUACGAUAGCAUCUCUAAGUUUCUCCAGUUCCAGCUGACGGUCAACGUGGUGGCUGUCAUCGUGGCCUUCACCGGAGCCUGCAUCACACAGGUGAGACACUGUAUUUCUGUCAUGUCCAUCCUUCCCAUCUUGUCUUUCUGCUUGAAAAGGUGAGGCAUAGGUCAACUAGGGAGCGGCUGACAUUACUAUAGGGAGUUUUUAUUACCUGCUCUACAAGUUACAACUGUCUUUAAAAAGUGGGGAGCUAUACAUAACUCAAACUACAUCUCCCCCCAGGACUCUCCUCUCAAAGCUGUCCAGAUGCUGUGGGUGAACCUGAUCAUGGACACCUUUGCCUCUCUGGCCCUGGCCACUGAGCCUCCCACCGAGUCUCUGCUGCUGAGGAAACCAUAUGGCCGCAACAAGCCCCUCAUCUCCCGAACCAUGAUGAAGAACAUCCUGGGGCAUGCUGUCUACCAGCUCACUGUCAUCUUCACCCUGCUCUUCGCCGGUGAGUAGGGUUGCAAAGGCAGGAUAUAUUACAGGAAACUUUCAAAGUUUACCAGUAAACGACCAUAAUUUUGGUAGAUUUUAAGGAUUUUAUGUAAUCACAAGACAUCUAGUGGCCCUUUUGGGUAAUUCAGAUUAACACAGGUGUCUGGAAUUAUCUAUGGCCCUAUGUGUGGACUAAUUUAAAAUAAAUUAAAACAUUAUCCUAAGAAUAAAUAGUGAAUAACAUUGGUGUUUAAAAUGACUGUUUCAGCAUGAAAUAAAUAAAUACAUGUUUUACACACUUUUAUUUUACUAUAUCAUUAUGUAUUUGUUGUAAAUGUUUUGGCGGCAAACUGGUGGCAGUUGUGAAAAAAGUUGGAAGAAUUGCUGAGUUAAUUUCAAAUAAUAAUGUUACUUAUAAUAAAGGUUACAUGAAGAAAAUCGGACCUCUGAAAUGAAAAUGGAUGGCCCUCCCUUCAGCAAAAUAUAAACUCAGCAAAAAAAGAAACGUCCUCUCACUGUCAACUGCGUUUAUUUUCAGCAAACUUAACAUGUGUAAAUAUUUGUAUGAACAUAACAAGAUUCAACAACUGAGACAUAAACUGAACAAGUUCCACAGACAUGUGACUAACAUACAUGGAAUAAUGUGUCCCUGAACAAAGGGGGGGGGGUCAAAAUCAAAAGUAACAGUCAGUAUCUGGUGUGGCCACCAGCUGCAUUAAGUACUGCAGUGCAUCUCCUCUUCAUGGACUGCACCAGAUUUGCCAAUUCUUGCUGUGAGAUGUUACCCCACUUUUCCACCAAGGCACCUGCAAAUUCCCUGACAUUUCUGGGGGGAAUGGCCCUAGCCCUCACCCUCAGAUCCAACAGGUCCCAGACGUGCUCAAUGGGAUUGAGAUCCAGGCUCUUUGCUGGCCAUGGCAGAACACUGACAUUCCUGUCUUGCAGGAAAUCACGCACAGAACGAGCAGUAUGGCUAGUGGCAUUGUCAUGCUGGAGGGUCAUGUCAAGAUGAGCCUGCAGGAAGGGUACCACAUGAGGGAGGAGAUCCUGGUUCGAAUCCAGGCUCUGUCGGAGCCGGCCGCGACCGGGAGACCCAUGGGGUGGCGUACAAUUGGCCAAGCGUCGUCCAGGGUAGGGGAGGGAAUGGCCGGCAGGGAUGUAGCUCAGUUGGUAGAGCGUGGCGUUUGCAACGCCAGGGUUGUGGGUUCGAUUCCCACGGGGGGCCAGUAUGAAAAAAAUAGUAGAAAGUCAGUAGAAAGGCCUCUUUAGUGUCCAAAGUUUUCAUAACUGUGACCUUAAUUGCCUACCGUCUGUAAACUGUUAGUGUAUUAACGACCGUUCCACAGGUCCAUGUUCAUUAAUUGUUUAUGGUUCAUUGAACAAGCAUGGGAAACUGUGUUUAAACCCUUUACAAUGAAGAUCUGUGAAGUUAUUUGGAUUUUUACGAAUUAUCUUUGAAAGACAGGGUCCUGAAAAGGGGACGUUUAGUUUUUUGCUGAGUGUAUUUGACCUAAACCCUCUUGGGGAAAAAAAACAAGUGACCCUCCCCUAUACCCAAAAUAAUAAUUAAAACAAAGUGAAUAGCAGAGAACAUGUCUACUGUUUACCCUCACUUCUUGGACAGACCAGAGCCUUAGAUAUGCAGUUUUAGAAACUGUUCUUCAUCCUGUAAGCAUUUAUUCGCAAUGCAUUCCUAGCGCACAGGGCUGCGGGCCAGAAGGUUGUGGGUUCGCAGACCACCGUGGACAAGAGUAGGGGUGGAAAAAUUGUCUUUAUAGUAAAAGCAUUGCAUGAAUCUAGCAUUGUAUUUACAUGUCCGAGAAAAAAAUAGCCUUUUCUAAACAUUUCAUGCAAUUCUAUGUCAUUUUACAUAUUAGCAGAAUCAUUUUUAAUAUCACAGAAAUUACUGAAAUUACAGGCUAAGAAUAGACAGAGAGAUAGGCCUAUGUGUUCAUCUUAUCAUAUUUCUCCAAUGCCAAAUCAGUGUGUCUUGUUUGCAACGAAACUGUCCCAUUUAGGCCUACCUUUCCACCCCAGACAGAGUAGGCCUACCGACACAGAAAAUGUUAAGCUUUAACUGCUGGCUACUCUUCUUCUGUGGCUCAACCCAACGAGAGAAGGUCACAAGUGUUUCCCUAAAAUCUGUCUGGGUUUAAACAUCUUAUAUUGUACAAAAAGUGAAUAGCUUUACCAAUUGAUAGUGACAGAAUUAGAUUACUUCCCAAGCAAAGUAUAUUUUAUAUUAUAUUAUUUGCGAGAACAAAAAAAACAUAUGGGGGAUUGGAAGUGAUGUAGACAAUUACAUUGAUGGAAGUUACAAUCUAUCUGCAAUAUUAAAGCUGAUCUACCCCCCCCAAAAAAUAUAUAUAUAUAUAAAAGAAAAAAAGUAUAUUUUUUGUCUCUUCUGCUAUAAACGGUUGUAGCUCAGCCUCUGAAUGUCAAAGAAACAAUGAUAUUCACAUAUGCAUUGGAGUCAAGUCUUUCCCGGGUAUUUUACAGCUUGUUUCUAGCAUAAAGCAUAGUGGACCAAAGCACUGUUAUAGAUCACUUUACAGUGGGGAAAAAAAGUAUUCAGUCAGCCACCAAUUGUGCAAGUUAUCCCACUUAAAAAGAUAAGAGAGGCCUGUAAUUUUCAUCAUAGGUACACGUCAACUAUGACAGACAAAAUGAGAAAAAAAAAUCCAGAAAAUCACAUUGUAGGAUUUUUUAUGAAUUUAUUUGCAAAUUAUGGUGGAAAAUAAGUAUUUGGUCAAUAACAAAAGUUUCUCAAUACUUUGUUAUAUACCCUUUGUUGGCAAUGACACAGGUCAAACGUUUUCUGUGAGUCUUCACAAGGUUUUCACACACUGUUGCUGGUAUUUUGGCCCAUUCCUCCAUGCAGAUCUCCUCUAGAGCAGUGAUGUUUUGGGGCUGUCGCUGGGCAAUACGGACUUUCAACUCCCUCCAAAGAUUUUCUAUGGGGUUGAGAUCUGGAGACUGGCUAGGCCACUCCAGGACCUUGAAAUGCUUCUUAGGAAGCCACUCCUUCGUUGCCCGGGCGGUGUGUUUGGGAUCAUUGUCAUGCUGAAAGACCCAGCCACGUUUCAUCUUCAAUGCCCUUGCUGAUGGAAGGAGGUUUUCACUCAAAAUCUCACGAUACAUGGCCCCAUUCAUUCUUUCCUUUAAACGGAUCAGUCGUCCUGGUCCCUUUGCAGAAAAACUGCCCCAAAGCAUGAUGUUUCCACCCCCAUGCUUCACAGUAGGUAUGGUGUUCUUUGCAUGCAACUCAGCAUUCUUUGUCCUCCAAACACGACGAGUUGAGUUUUUACCAAAAAGUUCUAUUUUGGUUUCAUCUGACCAUAUGACAUUCUCCCAAUCCUCUUCUGGAUCCAAAUGCACUCUAGCAAACUUCAGAUGGGCCUGGACAUGUACUGGCUUAAGCAGGGGGACACGUCUGGCACUGCAGGAUUUGAGUCCCUGGCGGCGUAGUGUGUUAAUGAUGGUAGGCUUUGUUACUUUGGUCCCAGCUCUCUGCAGGUCAUUCAGUAGGUCCCCCCGUGUGGUUCUGGGAUUUUUGCUCACCGUUCUUGUGACCAUUUUGACCCCACGGGGUGAGAUCUUGCGUGGAGCCCCAGAUCGAGGGAGAUUAUCAGUGGUCUUGUAUGUCUUCCAUUUCAUAAUAAUUGCUCCCACAGUUGAUUUCUUCAAACCAAGCUGCUUACCUAUUGCAGAUUCAGUCUUCCCAGCCUGGUGCAGGUCUACAAUUUUGUUUCUGGUGUCCUUUGACAGCUCUUUGGUCUUGGCCAUAGUGGAGUUUGGAGUGUGACUGUUUGAGGUUGUGGACAGGUGUCUUUUAUACUGAUAACAAGUUCAAACAGGUGCCAUUAAUACAGGUAACGAGUGGGGGAUAGAGGAGCCUCUUAAUGAAGAAGUUACAGGUCUGUGAGAGCCAGAAAUCUUGCUUGUUUAUAGGUGACCAAAUACUUAUUUUCCACCAUAAUUUGCAAAUAAAUUCAUUAAACAUCCUACAAUGUGAUUUUCUGGAGAAAAAAAAUCUUCAAUUUGUCUGUCAUAGUUGACGUGUACCUAUGAUGAAAAUGACAGGCCUCUCUCAUCUUUUUAAGUGGGAGAACUUGCACAAUUGGUGGCUGACUAAAUACUUUUUUCCCCACUGUAUAUAAUCAGAGCUCUUUUAUUUUCUUCAAAAUCUUAAGCUAACAAAGGGUAGGCCUGUGCUUUUUGCCAUUUUCUUUAAUAAAAGGUAGGCCAUUGGCAAACCCUCUCAUACCCCCUCAAUUUGUGUCCUGGUUUUAACUUAACAGCCCUUCACUGACACGGAGGUAGGCUAUUUAAAGAGUAGAUGGUGGGUGGAGGAAUUGGCUGACAAAUCUAUGGCUAUAGCAGCCUAUAGCCUAAUUUCAUCUGUCAAACAGGUAGGCCUACCUGUUAUUUCUUAAACAGGAAGAAAUAGGGUCCAACACAAAGCCCUCUUGUUGUUAGUAAAGUCUAAUAAAAUUGGUUGAAAUGAAUUAUGCCUACUGGAAUUUGCCUUCUUUCAGCACCAUGAUCUUUCCAUUUUCGAUUGAUUGUGCCACGGCUGCUGCUUCAAGUUUCAGCACCACAAUGUAAGUUACUCGAAUCUGGCUUAUUGUGAGGCAAGAAACAUUUAGUUUUUAAUAAAAUCAAUCAUAGUAGUAGCAAGCUAUCAAAGUUGACCUCCGGUCCUCCUUGUCAUCUUCGUGCUCUCCUCCUCAAACUGAACAGAACAUAGGCUAUAGCAGGGCUCUCCAAGCCUUUUCCAGGAGAACUACCAUCCUGUAGGUUUUCACUCCAACCGUAAUCAAGCGCUCCUGAUUCUAAUAAUUAGCUGGUUGAUAAACUGAAUUAGGUUAGUUACAGCUGGGGUUGGAGCGAAAACCUAAAGAAGUGUUGCUCUCCAAGAACAGGGUUAGAAAGCCCUGGGCUAUAGGCUAGUGAUAAUGUAUUUUUUGGACUAAUAAAUAAAUCAAAUAUUCAGAAGAAGCCUUUGACUCUCCUCAUGAACUGCCACUUUAGGCCUACACAGCACAGCCAUUGGUUAGGCAGCACACAAAAACGUUUUUGAUCAGCAAGAGCAGAGCAGGCUGGGGCUCAGGGUUGUAACAUCCAUUACAGUGUGUAAUGCAGCCUAUUGAUAUUGCGCACCCAGCGGAGAAUCAGAGAUAAGGGGCAGCAUCGGGACACAGCGAUAAACAACUAAAACACUGAGAAAUAUCUACAUUUCAUUUAUUACAAAUUACAUGACCCUACCCUGGACUAGAUAAAAACAAAUACUAAAUCCUCCCCUUGAUUGAAAUUCAAAAAGCAUGACCCGCCCCCAUUUUCCUCCAAGUAACCUUCCUGUAAAUUUCGAUCCAUCCCUUAGAUAUAAAAAAUUUACACUAUAUAUUAAUCAAAAAAUGUAAAAAGUUAUUCAAGUAUAAAUUACCAUAGAUUUCCAUAGAUUGCCAAAGAUUCCAGUAACUUAGGUAAAUUACCAGUAGCUUUGCAACCCUACCGGUGAGUACCGCCUGAGUUCAAAUGAGUCGUGCCAAUUGAAAAUUGACAUGAAAUUCAUGGUUUUGUAUUAUUCUUGAAUCUAACUUUGUUCUUGAUGAAGUUAUGAAAGCAAAUGUAUUGAUGUAAUGUAUGACGUGAGCCGUAUUGCUUGUCUCCAGUGGGCCUUGUUAUAAUGUACCUAUGUUGCCACCACAGGGGAGCAGAUUUUCGACAUUGACAGUGGGAGGUAUGCGCCGCUCCAUGCCCCUCCCUCGGAACAUUACACCAUUGUUUUCAACACCUUCGUCAUGAUGCAGCUCUUCAACGAAAUCAACGCCCGCAAGAUCCACGGCGAGCGUAAUGUCUUUGAUGGCAUCUUCAAAAACAUGAUAUUCUGCUCCAUUGUGUUCGGAACGUUCGUCAUCCAGGUGAGCAGCCUUCAGAUCCAUACAGGAUAUUCACACAGGAGAGUUCAUAUCGUAUAGAAAGUAACAUUGCUCUCCAAUCACCCUGUGUUUUGUUGUCCAGAUUGUGAUCGUUCAGUUUGGAGGGAAACCUUUCAGCUGUGUGGGCCUCAGCAUCGACCAGUGGCUCUGGUGCGUGUUCUUGGGCUUUGGAUGUCUUCUAUGGGGCCAGGUGAGAUUCUCACAGGUUUCUAAUGUGUUUCAAAGUCCCUAUGAUCUACUUGGCUGUUAUGAAGUUGUCACAAAUGUUUUGUCACAAAUGAGUUCAACAUUUGAGUUCCUGUCUGUUCAUUUCUAGGUGGUCACCACUGUCCCCACCAGCCGGCUGAAGUUCCUGAAGUCUGCAGGUCAUGGCACGCAGCAGGAGGAGAUCCCUGAGGAGGAGCUGGAGGAGAUGGAGGACCUGGAUGAAAUCGACCACGGUGAGAUGGAGAUGAGAAGGGGGCAGGUGCUCUGGUGCAGAGGCCUAGGCAGGAUCCAGACUCAGGUUUGUAUGGUCAACUCAUAAUUACAUCUCAGCUCACAAUCAUUCCUCAGCUUUACACCAAACCAAGGAUACAAACUCAGGAUUGUGCUUUAACUUUUGAUGGGGACUCAAUACUAAAAUUCUGACUGUGUCUUCAUCCCCAAACCAUCCAGAUCCGCGUAGUGAAUGCCUUCCAAGACACUAUGUCCCCCUACGAGGGCCUGGAGACCCCUGAGUCCCGCAACUCGAUCCACAACUUCAUGAACACCCCGGAGUUCCGGAUAGAAGACUCACAGCCGCAGAUCCCGCUCAUCGACGACACAGAGGGGGAGGACGAUGCUCCCACCAAGCGCAAUACUGUGCAGACCCUGCCCCCACCCUCCACGCUGGCCACCCUUCCGUCCACGCCCAACCAGAACAAUAAUGCUGUGAACAGGAUCAUCCCCUUCCACAAGGAGAGCCCAAAGACUGGCGGGAUCCCCCAGAGUGCUGCGCUACCGCAGUGCCCUGGGAGCCCGCUGAACAGCCUGGAGACCUCCCUCUGA